GCCAAAAAUGAAGAUUUUUUUUGUGGCACCUGCUUCACUUUCCAUAAUUUACGGAGGGUCUUUCGAAAAGUUACUCUUGAAAAAGCAGGGAUGAUGAUGUGCUCUCGCUUGCGUCCCUCACUCCCUCACCUCUUGUCGCUGAGGCUACUGUGUACUACGGCCUCCAGGAUGACGGUGUCUGUCAAGCAGCCCGACCGCCUCUCAGCGACUCUGGCCUUCGAAGAUCCGAGUGCCUUCAGGGUGAAGAGUUUGGGAGAGCUGCUCCGAGCUCUGGGAAUCUUCCGCCUCUGCUCCUUCCCUGUGCUUGUCAACAACAGUGGGAAGCUGAUGUCUGUGGCACGUAGCUUGCUGGGGAAGAGGGCGUUUUCCUACAUGCUGCGUCCCACCGUGUAUGCCCAGUUUGUGGCAGGAGAGAAUGAGAGUGAGAUCUCUCAGUCCAUGGAGAAGAUGAGCCUGCUGGGACUGAGGCCCAUGCUGGCCGUACCCAUCGAGGAGGAUCUGGGAGAGAGCACAGGAGAGAAGAGAUAUGACGAUAACAUGGAGGCCAUGUUGGAAUGUGUACAAAUAUCCCACAGCAACGCCUGGAGCAGAGACCCCAUGAUGCAGCUGAAAGUCACAGCCCUGCUCAGCCCGGAGCUGUGUGUGAAACUCACAGCCCUCAUCGCACAACAACCAUACGACCUGAAUCUACUUGUAAGAGCUAUGGAUGGAGAGCAAAUCCACUUCCCGGGUUUAAAUGAAAGUGACGUUGCCCAUUUCCUCUGUGGCCUGCGGAGACUCAACCAAAUAGCAGAGGCAAGUGUGAACAAAGUCCGAGUCCUGGUGGAUGCAGAGUACACCUACAUGAACCCUGCCCUCUCUCUUGUCACCAUGGCGAUGAUGAAGAAGUUUAACAAAGAUGGCGCCUGGAUUUGGAACACAUAUCAAUGUUAUUUGAAGGAGUCCAGGUCUCUCCUGUUAGAAGCUCUGCGUCUGUCAGAGACUGAGGGUUUCUGUCUGGGGAUCAAGCUGGUGCGAGGAGCCUACAUGGACAAAGAGAGGAAGCUGGCAGGAAAGGAGGGCCGUCCGGACCCCGUCCACAAGUGCUGGGAGGACACCAAUGACAGUUAUAACGGCUCGCUGGAUGUGAUGCUGGAAGCGAUUUCCAAGAAGCCAGAGAGCUAUGGAAUUAUCGUCGCCACUCACAACGAGGAGUCAGUGAGGCGAGCCGCCAAACGGAUGGAAGAGUUGGGGAUUGCCAAUGAUGGAGGCUCAGUGUGUUUCGGGCAGCUGCUGGGCAUGUGCGACCACGUCUCCCUCACAUUGGCAAAGGAAGGUUAUGCCGUGUACAAGUCAGUGCCAUAUGGCUCUGUGGAUGACACACUCCCCUACCUGGUGCGUCGGGCUCAGGAGAAUCAGACCGUGUUGCAGGGAAUCCGCAAAGAGAGGGACCUGCUGAGGAAAGAGCUCUUCAGGAGGCUGACUCUGAGGGGAGGCCGCACAUAGGACAAAGGGGGAAACCAAAGAGACAUUACUACUCAAACACUGGAUAAAACAGGAGCAACAUUGGAGCACUACAGAUAAUAUACCUUUACACAUCUGGAGUUCUUAGAGAUGUAAUAGAGGUUUUAUGCUGAUGAAAUGAAUGCAAGUGAAGCAUAACAUUUGAAAUAUGUAACAUAGUUUUGAUUUAAAUGUAUGUAGCAUAUAGCAAAAUAAAAAAUGACUUCAUGACAACUGAGAACUAUAGGUGCAACAGUGUUUUAUGGAAACGGUUUUCAAAUACAUGCUGGUAUUGAUUGAAUAAUAAAGGGCAUAAAUGUA